CAAAAGCGACGGCUGAACCUAUGGCUGCAUACUUUGCAUAGCGUACCAGUCGCCAGAAAAGAAAGACGGCGAUGUAGCGUACAGUCCGAAGUAAGGCUCGGGUGCGGAAUCGGGUGGGUGCGACGGUCUUGUUGGACGGAUUGAUGAGGAAGGAGACGUUCUGCUUGGCUUUCGCCAGCGCUGUCGUCUCGCUCGUUGGCCCUUUCGACGUCAUCGCACAGAAAUUUAUAAAGGAGGAGACGCGUCACGUCAACGACGUUGACUUGUGGAUCGUCACCGAGCGACGGGCAGAUGUGACUCUUUCCCCUGCUGUCUAUAUCCAGAUCGCGACAUGGAGACCAUCUUCUCCUCUUUCCUCGGCAAAGGCUCCGAACGACUCGUGUAUACGAUCCGGGUUGUCACGGCAUCAGCCUGCGACGCAGCCUCUGAUGUCCCACCUGGGCCCCUUGAAACUGCCCACUCUGCAGGAAGCAAACAGAGAAGCCUGCGGCCAAGCAUCAUGUUCAAGCAUAUCGGCACAUUCACGCUGGCUUGCCUUGCUCUCGUGGCUCUGUUUGGCAACCUGGCUCAUUCGAAGGACAUCCAUCAUGUCAAACGAGCUCAGGGACCUAAUUACUACAUCACCAUGGACAAGAACAACUGGGGCGUGCGCGAACAGAUUGAGAUCUCAAUCAAGCAGGCCGGGGGCGCCUGGGGUGUGACCGUACCUCAGUGGGUCGAUGGAGAGCUACUCGCCGAAAUCAAGGUAACCCCCGUGAGGGGGGGUUUCCGACUGCUUUUGGCCACUUUGCCAGAUGGCUCGUACCUCAAUCUCGAUGUCUGCACGAGCGGCAGCGCUGUCACGACGAUGCGCGUUCGUAGUGCAGCGGUCGGCAAACGCAUGAUCGGCGGAGAGAGCAAGGCCGUCGAGGGACACUAUUUGAUCAGGAGCGUGGCCACAAAGGCAGGCGUUGGACACGACUGCUGGAUCUGACCCUCGCUUUGGGGGACAUGACAAGCAUUGCGCUGGCGUAGAUGCAUUUGUACAGAGCCGGUCACCUGAGCGAGGCCUCCUGCGUCGCUUCUUGUAUCCGGCCCGUUGCCGAAGAGCCAGUGAUCCUUCGCGUGAGUCUAGCAGCGGUGUCAUACGCUUGACGAGCGAGUU